AUGGCAGCGAUGGCAUGUUCAAGUAUGAGGAGAUAGUGCUGGAGCGGGGCAAUUCCGGCCUGGGCUUCAGCAUUGCAGGUGGCAUUGACAAUCCCCAUGUCCCUGAUGACCCUGGCAUCUUCAUUACCAAGAUCAUUCCUGGUGGAGCAGCUGCCAUGGACGGGAGGCUAGGGGUGAAUGACUGUGUGCUGCGGGUGAAUGAGGUGGACGUGUCAGAGGUGGUGCACAGCCGAGCUGUGGAGGCGCUGAAGGAGGCGGGCCCUGUGGUGCGGUUGGUGGUGCGGAGGCGACAACCCCCACCUGAGACCAUCAUGGAGGUCAACCUGCUCAAAGGGCCCAAAGGCCUGGGUUUCAGCAUUGCUGGGGGCAUUGGCAACCAGCACAUCCCAGGAGACAACAGCAUCUACAUCACCAAGAUCAUUGAGGGGGGUGCUGCUCAGAAGGAUGGCCGCCUACAGAUUGGGGACCGGCUGCUGGCGGUGAACAACACCAAUCUGCAGGAUGUGAGGCAUGAGGAAGCUGUGGCCUCACUGAAGAACACCUCUGAUAUGGUCUAUCUGAAGGUGGCCAAGCCAGGCAGCCUUCACCUCAACGACAUGUACGCACCUCCUGACUAUGCCAGCACUUUUACUGCCUUGGCUGACAACCACAUAAGCCAUAAUUCCAGCCUGGGUUAUCUGGGGGCUGUAGAGAGCAAGGUCAGCUACCCUGCUCCUCCUCAGGUUCCCCCCGCCCGCUACUCUCCAAUUCCCAGGCACAUGCUGGCUGAGGAGGACUUCACCAGAGAGCCCCGCAAGAUCAUCCUGCACAAGGGCUCCACAGGCCUGGGCUUCAACAUCGUGGGAGGAGAGGAUGGAGAAGGCAUUUUUGUCUCCUUCAUCCUGGCAGGAGGCCCAGCUGACCUGAGUGGGGAGCUGCGCAGGGGAGACCGGAUCUUAUCGGUGAAUGGCGUCAACCUGAGGAAUGCAACUCAUGAGCAGGCUGCAGCUGCUCUGAAACGGGCUGGCCAGUCAGUCACCAUUGUGGCCCAGUACAGACCGGAAGAGUACAGCCGCUUUGAAUCGAAGAUACAUGACUUGCGAGAACAAAUGAUGAACAGCAGCAUGAGCUCUGGGUCUGGGUCCCUCCGAACAAGUGAGAAGAGGUCCUUGUAUGUCAGGGCCCUGUUUGAUUAUGACCGGACACGGGACAGUUGCCUGCCAAGCCAGGGGCUCAGCUUCUCCUAUGGUGACAUUCUGCAUGUUAUUAAUGCCUCUGAUGAUGAGUGGUGGCAGGCAAGACUGGUGACCCCACAUGGAGAAAGCGAGCAAAUCGGUGUGAUCCCCAGUAAGAAGAGGGUGGAAAAGAAAGAAAGAGCUCGAUUGAAAACCGUGAAGUUCCAUGCCAGGACGGGCAUGAUUGAGUCUAAUAGGUCGAUCAAAACGAAACGUAAAAAGAGUUUCCGCCUCUCUCGAAAGUUCCCAUUUUACAAGAGCAAAGAAAACAUGGCCCAGGAGAGCAGCAUACAGGAACAGGGAGUGACAUCCAACACCAGUGACAGCGAAAGCAGCUCCAAAGGACAAGAGGAUACUAUUUUGUCAUAUGAGCCAGUGACUCGGCAAGAAAUUCACUAUGCAAGGCCCGUGAUCAUCCUGGGCCCAAUGAAGGACAGAGUCAACGAUGACCUGAUCUCAGAGUUCCCACAUAAGUUUGGAUCCUGUGUGCCACAUACUACGCGGCCUCGGCGUGAGAAUGAGGUGGAUGGGCAGGAUUACCACUUUGUGGUAUCUCGAGAACAAAUGGAGAAGGACAUUCAGGACAACAAGUUCAUCGAGGCAGGCCAAUUCAAUGAUAAUCUCUACGGGACCAGUAUCCAGUCCGUGCGGGCAGUUGCAGAGAGGGGCAAGCACUGCAUCUUAGAUGUUUCUGGCAAUGCUAUCAAGAGGCUGCAGCAAGCACAACUUUACCCCAUUGCCAUUUUCAUCAAGCCCAAGUCCAUUGAAGCACUUAUGGAAAUGAACCGACGGCAGACGUACGAACAAGCAAAUAAGAUCUAUGACAAAGCCAUGAAGCUGGAUCAGGAGUUUGGAGAGUACUUCACAGCCAUUGUACAGGGUGACUCACUGGAAGAGAUUUAUAACAAAAUCAAGCAAAUCAUUGAGGACCAGUCUGGGCACUACAUUUGGGUCCCAUCCCCUGAAAAACUCUGAAGAAGCCCCUCCACCCUUUCUCUUGUGAACAGAAGAAGUCAAGCCCCUCUUCCCUCCUCCCUCUUCAUUCCUGACCCCAUGGGGAGAACAAAUGACUACUGUUCUUGUCCCCUUUUUUAGAUAUGUCAAAAAAAUUGAGUUUUCUAGUCCUGUUCUGUUUUUU